AUGAAGUACGCAUCCUCCUCGAUCGCUGCUCUCCUUGCAGCAGCUGCGUCCGCCAACCCAGUCAUCUCUCGUCGUCAAGCCGCUGCCGCUGCCGCUGCCGUCACCGAUGUUGGUAUCCUCAAUUAUGCCCUGACUCUCGAGCACCUGGAGGACAAGUUCUACCGCGAGGGUCUCGCCAACUACACCCAGGCCGACUUUGUGGCAGCCGGUUUCCCCGACCCGUUCUACGCCAACUUGCAGGAGAUCUCCUACGAUGAGACCACCCACGUCUCCUUCCUUACAACCGCUCUCGGUAAUGCCGCGGUCGCCGAGUGCAAAUACUCUUUCCCCAGCACGGACCCAGCAUCGUUCGUUGCCCUCGCUUCGGUGCUGGAGGGAGUGGGAGUCAGCGCAUACCUCGGUGCCGCAGCCAGCAUCAUGAACAAAGACUACCUCACCGCAGCCGGCUCCAUCCUAACCGUCGAAGCCCGCCACAGUGCCUACAUCCGCUCAAGCGACGACGCGUCCCCCUUCCCCCAACCCUUCGACGCCCCCCUCACCUUCAACGAGGUCUACACCCUCGCCGCCGGCUUCAUCGUCUCCUGCCCAGCCGCCAACGCCCAGAAGCCCCAGCUCCCGCUGAAGGCCUUCCCCACGCUCGCGCUCGGCACGGCCGGCCCCAUCCAGAGCGGCGACGACAUCGAGCUCCUGACCCCCGGCUACACGCUCGCGGCCAAGGACGGCCAGGCCCCGAUCUACGCCGCCUUCGCCUCCGUCACGGGUCCCAUCUACGCCGAUGCCGUGCCCAUCGAUGGCGGUUUCACCGUCACCGUACCGGAGGGCAUCAACGGACAGUCGUAUGUCGUGCUUACCGGGUGCGCGGAUGCCGUUAAUGAUGACACGGUCGCGGCCGGUCCGGCCAUCGUGGAGAUCACCAACCCGUACCCAACCACCGCAUAA